UCCAUAGCCUUCAGGCUUCCUUCAAUUCACCUUCUGCUAGCUCGAAGGGCCCAAGCGGCUGCCAAGCCUAGAGCACGCGCGUGCGGAACGUAGAUGGCCGAGCACCACCUCCCGCCGGAGCCCGCCGACCACCACCACCACGGAGGCGGGAGGAAGGGCGUCCACGCCGACGACCUCAAGCCCAGCCGCCGCUACACCUACUACUACGGCGGCGGCGGAGGCGGGGGCGCCCGCGCCCUGUGCUUCGCCGUGCUCGUCCUCCUCCUCGCGGCGGGCAUCACCUGGCUCGUGCUCUACGUGGUGUACCGCCCGUCCCACCCCACCCUCGCCGUCACCUCCGCCGCCGUCCUCGCCCUCUACAACGCCACCACGGCCAGCGGCCCCACCGCGGCGGCGGCGUCGUUCCAGGUCGCGCUGGUGCUCCGCAACCCGAGCGCGCGGUCCGCGGCGCGGUACGACCGGCUAGCGGCCUACGCGGCGUACCGCGGGGAGGCCCUGACGGCGCCCGCGCCCCUGCCCCCGCUGGCGCAGGACCCCGGCGCCGCCGUGGAGGUAGCGCCCGUGCUGGGCGCGGGCGCCGCGGCGGCGGCGGUGCCCGUGUCGCCGGAAACCGCGGCAGCGCUGGCGGCGGACGUGGCGUACGGCGUGCUGCCGCUUCGCGUGGUGGUGCUGGGCCGCGUCCGGUUCGUGUCCGGGCCGUUCCACCGGGGGUGGCACUCCAUGUACGCGCGCUGCGAUCUGCUGCUCGGCGUGCGCGAGGCUACGGGGAAGAACGGCGCCGGCGGCGUCCCCCGGCAGGCGCCGCUGCUUGCCGACCCCGCCUGCAACGUCGACAUGUGACACGAUGCCGAUCUGGGUGGGUGAUGGGACUCUAUCUGUAGCUUGAUCCAAUAUAAUCUUCGUGUGUUGUGCGCGGACGUGUCAGAGAUUAGUAUACCAAUCUAGGUACAUAAAUAACACAGCUUUGUAAUUAAAUUGCAAACAUUUGCGCGAUCUUGUUACUGUUUCUCGUUUGGGCAUAUAUAUGCUGUAUAUGUACGGGACAAACUAAAUAA